GUCGUGCACUACUGGUCCUCCUCUUGUCUGCGACAGUCUCUCUCCUGGGUGGGCUGAUAUUUGGAUAUGAGCUGGGGAUUAUCUCUGGUGCACUGCUGCAGUUGCAGAUAGAUUUUCACCUCAGCUGCUUCAAGCAAGAAAUUCUCGUGAGCGCCCUCCUUAUUGGAGCUCUCCUCGCCUCGCUGGUUGGGGGGAUCCUCAUUGACCGCCAUGGACGGAGGAGAGCAAUCCUGGUCAGCAACCUGGUCCUGCUGGUUGGCAGCCUUAUUCUCACGUUGGCAAGGUCAUUUAUCGGGCUGGUCAUUGGGCGUGUGACUGUGGGCUUUGCCAUCUCUGUUUCAUCCAUGGCCUGCUGCAUCUAUGUCUCAGAAAUGGUGGGUGCUCAUCAGCGAGGGCUGCUGGUGUCUCUCUACGAAGCGGGCAUCACCGUAGGUAUCCUACUGUCCUAUGCGCUGAAUUACGUCUUUGCGGAUGUGGAUGAGGGCUGGAGGUACAUGUUUGGACUGGCCAUUGCCCCGACAGCCAUGCAGUUUCUCAGCAUCCUCUUUCUCCCAGUGAACCCUGUUAGGUUAAACUCCUGGGACUCGGACUGCCAGAAGGGCCUCAUUCAAUUGCAGGACACUGAGGACAGAGCAGCAGCAAAGCGGGAGCCCUAUAAGGAGAAGCAUUACUCAUUUCUUGACCUUUUCAGGACCAGAGACAACAUGAGAAGGCGGACUCUGGUGGGCCUGGGACUGGUGCUCUUCCAGCAGUUCACUGGGCAGCCGAACGUGCUGGGCUACGCCUCCAAAAUCUUCCACUCGGUGGGGUUCCAGAGCAACUCCUCGGCGAUCCUGGCCUCUGUUGGGCUGGGGGUGAUGAAGGUGGUGGCCACGCUCAUUGCGAUGGCUUUUGCGGACAAGGCUGGCAGGAGAGCGCUUCUCAUGGCCGGCUGCGUGGUGAUGGCCAUCUCCGUCACCACCAUCGGCCUCACCAGCCGUGUCUCUCCACUCGCCAUGGCCAGGGACUGCACGGCAGCUGCAGACCCCAAUGCAUCCCACAGCCUUACCCAGCACCCCCUGAUGCCUGUAUCCUCCCAGGCUGCAGUGUCACCCAUCCUGCCGGCGUUACCAGCAGGUGCUGGGUUUGCUGCUACGAGGAGCCUUACAAAAGCUUUUGCCGGUGCUGAAAGCAGAAAGGUUGUUCCUGAUUCUUCCCUCACUCAGAAAAGGGGCUUGGGAGGUCAGACCAAAGAAGAGACAGUGGGAAGCACCGUCCCUCCUUUCAGUGGUGCUCCCUGGGCAAAACAUAUGGUUUUAAAUUGGAUUACGCUGCUGAGCAUGAUGGCUUUUGUGAGUGCCUUCUCGAUUGGAUUUGGACCAAUGACCUGGCUGGUCCUCAGCGAGAUCUAUCCUGCUGGGAUAAGAGGAAGAGCCUUUGCCUUCUGUAACAGCUUUAACUGGGCUGCCAAUUUACUGAUCAGCCUCUCCUUCCUGGACCUCAUUGAUGCCAUCGGUUUCUCCUGGAUGUUUCUUCUCUAUGGACUGAUGGGAGUGAUGGCUGUUAUAUUCAUUUACCUUUUUGUUCCGGAAACGAAAGGACAGUCCUUAGAGGAGAUAGACCAGCAGUUCUCCAGGAAACGGGUGUGGGAAGGAAACACAUUUAAGCAGAGAUGCAGAAGAGGAGUGAGCUGCGCACACACCCAGUACCAGAGAGUGGAGCGCACCGGCAGCACGUGA